AUGUCUCUCAAAAAGGCUCUUAAUAAGCUCAAGCCGGGCAGCCACAGUAACCCAACGUCCGACACCGAGUCCUCUCCCACUUCGCCUAAGACUUCAAUCUUUCGUAGCCGCCCCAGCGGCGAGUUCAAGCCCAGCAAUGCGUCCGACCUUCUGGCAGACAGCCGCUCGAGCGUGGACCAGCCACCCAAACCCGACUCCCCCAGGAGCAGCGGCAUUUUCUCGCGAUUCACCGACAGCCCAAAUAGCAGCUCGACUUUUCCUCUCAGAUCCGCCGCCACCGACCACCAUCGCCGCUCAGCCUCACAAUCCCGUAGUACUGCGAGCCCCGUCCGCGCCUUAAGGGAGAAGCUGCAUCUGGGCGCCGACUCGUCUAGCGAAGAGGAUGUCCCCCUCAAUCGAGAAGGCGAGCCAAUGUCCAAGAACCAGCUACGGAAGGCGGAAAAACAGGCCAAGAUCGAGGAGCGCCACAGGGAAAUCGAGGAGAAGGAGGCCGAGAUUGAGAGGAGGAGAAAGGAGAUGGCCGAGCAGGCCGACAGAGAAUUGACACCAGAGCAGAAAGCCAAGUACGGCUUGAUCCAUCCAAACAGCUACGCCGGCGACAUCAAACAUGACCACCGCAUUGAUAUCAAGAAUCUGAGUGCCAAGGAUGUGGGCAAGGAGGUCGUCUUCCGUGCCAGACUACAUCACUUGAGGAAGAUGAGUUCCAAGUUCGUCUUCUUCGUGUUCCGUCAGCAGACCGCCACCAUACAAGGCGUGCUGGUGGAGCAUGGCGAUAUCACAAAGUACAUGCUCUACUGGGCAGAGCACCUAGAGCCCGAGAGCGUUCUGCUUGUCAGGGGCGUCCUGCAAGAGCCGCAAUCCAGGCAGGGUGAGGUCACAGGAGCCACGAUUCACGACGUCGAGGUUUCGGUGCACGCCCUCCAUGUCGAGGCCGUUGUCACAGAGCAUUUGCCUUUCAAUGUUUACGAGGCCGAAGUUUCCCAAGCCGACGUGGAUGAAGAACUUGCCAGAGAGGGCCAUAAAGAGGGCCAUACGCGCGUCAAGAUCUCGGACCGCACUCGACUGCACAACCGCGUCCUCGAUCUACGAACAACCACAUCACAAGCCAUUUUCCGCAUCCAAUCCGGCAUUUGCCGCCUCUUCCGCCAGGCUCUGGAUGCAGAAGGCUUCAUUGAGAUUCACACCCCAAAGCUGCAAGGUGGUGCGUCCGAAUCUGGAGCUAGUGUCUUCAAGGUGCAAUAUUUCAACCGUGGGGCUUUCCUUGCCCAGAGCCCACAGCUACCGAAGCAAAUGUGCAUCUCUGCCGACUUUGGCAAGGUGUACGAGAUCGGUCCCGUCUUCCGCGCGGAGAACAGCAACACCUAUCGCCAUCUGACCGAGUAUACUGGUCUGGAUCUCGAAAUGCAGAUUGAGGAGCACUAUCAUGAAGUCCUGCGCACAUUGGACCGCACCUUCAAAACCAUCUUCAAAGGUAUCUAUAAUAACUACAGGACAGAGGUCGAGCUUGUCAAGCGCCAGUUCCCGCACGAGGACCUGGUAUGGCUGGAAGAGACCCCAAUCAUCCCGUUCGCCGAAGCUGUGAAGAUGCUCAACGACUCGGGAUGGAGGGACGAGGAUGGCAACCCUCUCGAUCCGAACGAGGAUCUUGGUACCCGAGACGAAAUUCAACUUGGCCGUGUCAUCAAGCAGAAGCUGGGCACCGACUACUAUGUGCUAGACAAGUUCCCUCGCAACGCCCGUCCCUUCUACGCCAUGCCCGAUCCCUACAAUCCCGAUGUCACAAACGCCUUCGACAUCUUCUUGCGUGGUCAGGAGAUUCUCAGCGGCGGGCAGCGUAUCCAUGAUGCGAACAUGUUGUUGGAGAAUCUGGCGAGGCUGAAAAUGGACCCGCAGACCAUGGAGGAAUACAUUCAGGCCUUCCAAUGGGGCGCACCCCCCCACGGUGGUGGCGGCAUCGGUCUAGAGCGUAUCCUGAUGCUCUUCCUGAACCUUGGAAACAUCAGGCACGCUUCCAUGUUCCCCCGCGAUCCCAAGAGCUUGCCCGCGAAGCCUGUCAUCAAGCAACUGCGCCACCCAGAGGCGAGCACCAUGCAUCCACCCUGGGAGGGCAAGGAUCGGGUCAUGGCUGGGUUGGAGUUCCAACCCAUCGAGAAGCUCAUUGCGAACUAUGGCGAUGCUACGAACACGUCUUGGCUCGAGCCUCGAACGGAAAUCUGGCGUGACGAGUUCACCGGAGCGGCUGUUGGGUUUGUCCCUGUGGAUGGCUACGCCAUUACGGUCGGCGACCCCUUGUGCCAUUCGUCUCAAUAUGUCAAGACCAUUUCCGGAUAUCUUCGAUAUAUCAAGAAAGAGCGUGGUCUGAAACCCUUGUGGCUCCUGGUGGGGUCAGAGGUGGAAGAAGUGUUGGCGUCGAAGUUCAACUGGCGCACCUUCUCCGUGGUUGCGGAGCAGCGAGUCGACCCAGGAAACAACCCUGCGCUCCAGGAUUCGGAGAUCCAACGCAAGAUCCGCAAAGCAGAGAGAGAAGGGGUCAAGAUCACGGACUAUCCGAUUGGCUCUCCUCCGCCAGAGGAGAUGAGGCAGAAGGUGGAUGGCCGCGUACAGGAGUGGUUGGCCAGCCGGAAAGGCCGCCAGGUGCAUCUGACAAACAUUCGCCCCUGGCAGGACAUUGAACACCGCCAGUAUCACAUUGCGCAGACGGCGGAUGGCACGGUUGUGGCAUUUGUCGCCAUGGCGCAGCUCAGCCCUGAUCACGGCUGGCAGGUCAAGUACUCGCUGGACUUUCCCAACGCGCCAGGAGGCGCCAUCGAGCACACGGUCAUACACGCGUUGAAGGCCGUUGCGGGGGCAGGUGCCACCACCGUCACCUUUGGCGGUGGUGCCAGCUCUAAAUUCACCCCGGGCCACAACGUCGGAGGCGCCAAAGUCAAGGUGCUCAGCAAAGCUUACCAUGCCAUUGCGACGGAGCUGAAGCUCACCAACAAGACCGAGUUCCGAGAGAAGUUGGGCGCUCAGGACGACCCGAGCUACAUCUGCUACCCGCCUCACGGGCUGGGCCCAAUGGCGGUCAAGGCCAUUUUGAAUUUCUUCGAAGCAUCGGAAGAGUCGCGGAAUGAAUGA